AUGGUCACAAGAGCUGACAAGGGUCAGACUACUGUUGUCAUGGAUAAAAAAGAUUACUUCGAUAAAAUGUAUCUGCUGCUGAAUGACCAAACUACAUAUAAACCUUUGAACAAAGAUCCUUUGAAAAAAUUGACUAAUAAAAUUAAUGAGUUAGUAAAAUCAUGGCGCAAAAAUAAUUUGAUCAGUGAGUUGACAUAUAGAAACUUAAAUUGUACGAACGGUAAUUUACCGCGAUGCUACGGUCUGCCGAAGAUCCACAAAGACGGUUUUCCAUUGAGAAUCAUUGUAUCUGCUUUGGGAAGCCCUGUGUACAACGUUUCGAGUUACAUCCACAACAUUCUGUAUAAAUCUAUAAAGAAACCAAAUUCAUUUAUUAAAGAUAGUUGGUCCUUUGCUCAAAACAUAAAGAACACAGUCAUUAAUGAAGACAACAUCAUGAUUUCUUUGGAUGUGACUUCGUUAUUUACAAACGUUCCAAGGGAGUUAGUUGAAAACGCCAUUAAAAAACGCUGGGACGACAUUGCAAAAAAUACUAAAUUUAAUUUAUCUCAAUUCUUAUUUGCAAUUGACUUGAUUUUGGAUUCAACUUGCUUCUCUUUUAACGGACGUUUCUAUGAACAGAUCUUCGGCACACCCAUGGGCUCUCCACUGUCACCUAUCUUGGCAGAUAUGGUGAUGGACGAUUUGGAGACACAAUAUCUUAACUCACUGAACUUUACAGUUCUCAUGUAUUACAGAUAUGUAGACGACGUUUUUACAAUUGUACCACGCACAAAAAUUGACGAUAUUUUAACCAUUUUUAAUAAGUACCACAAACGUUUAAGAUUCACGUACGAGAAAGAAAUUGAUUCUUCGAUUAGUUUUCUCAAUGUUAAAAUCAUUCGGUUGGGAACAAAACUUAUCACCAAUUGGUUUAGGAAACCCACAUGGUCCGGGAGAUAUAUUAAUUUUUACUCGAAUCAUCCGUUAAAAUAUAAAAUUAAUAAUUUAGAUUUAUAA